AUGGCCAAAGAUAGUAUCGACGAUAUCCUGGUGCGUCUCGACGAGGUCGAGAAGCUGCAGACGGAACUUCGGCAUUUGGUACCACGAGUCACGAGUAACUCAUCCAGACAUGUCAGACAUCAGGAUUCAUCCCGCGAUACGUCCGCAUCAAUACGUUUCCCAUCCCUUUUCACGUUUCCCAUCAUUUCGAACUUUACGUCGUCCUCCAGAAACGAGCGAAUGCAAAAGUCAGCCGCGCAAUUAAACCUCAACGACAAAUUGUCGAGUGGUAAUCGAUCCUCGACAAUGAAUCUGAAAAGUGCGCGGGGAUCUUCUCAACGCGAAUCAUCAUCCGCAAGAGAGACAAAUAUCUUUAAGAAUCUGUUAAAGAGUACCGAUAAAAGUGUUGCGAGAUCGCGUGCAGGAAACUCUUUGGCCUCGACUUCCGUAGCGAGUUCAAAGGUAUCGACGAGGCUGACGAAAGGCAUUGCCGCAAAUCGCGCGGCCAAGGAUUCGCAAGAAGUAAUUAGAAAUGAAUUAAGGAGCAGGACAUCGAAAAUCGUAGCUAGAGAGAAAACGCAGCGCAUAACUGGCGAGAGAUCAAGCAUGCGGCUAUCCGAAAAUAAAAAUGGCAUGAAUUUAAAUAAGUGUGGUUUUCUUCCAAUUCCUGCAUUCACAGUACCCUCAUCUGUGCAGACAUCCGCCAUUCAAAUUCACGCGGCAGAAACGGCGAAACCGCAAGACGUACGAUCAUGCCUAAGAAGAAGACGGAGUCGUGACAGAAAAGAAAUAUCAACGCUUAUCGAGCGAAUUAUGAAGAAGUUGAAUUAUUGCUUUGUGGACGAUAACAGAUUGACUGUUCCGUACCAUUAUCCGGGGAAUAGAAAACCCAGAAGAGUACAAGGAACAAAUGCACUGCGCGACUUAUCCGCGGCGAGUUACGUCGAUUAA